CUUUAUCAACACAAUUGUAAUUGAUUCUACCAAGCAAGCUAUUCUUGUUGUUCAAUUCUCAUUUACUUCCCUAUAAUAACAAGUAUGGUUCAAGUAGUGUCAUUGUCAACUGUUUCACCUAUGCUGUCCCAAAAAGCAGGGUACUCUGCAAAAACACAUAACAAUGCUAUGGCCUCAUUUCCAUUAAGGAAGCAAUUGGCAAAACUUAGACUAGGGAAAGUGAGAUGUCAGGCUGGUGAUAACAAAGACAACUCUGUGGAAGUUCAACAUGUUAACAAUAGUGAUCAAGGGACUGUUGUACAGAACAAGCCUUGUAGAGUUGCCAUGGACAUUUCACCAUUUGGUCUAUUGGAUCCAUGGUCACCAAUGAGGAGCAUGCGUCAAAUGCUAGACACAAUGGACAAAGUUUUCGAAGAUGCAAUGACAUUCCCUGGAAGAAACCUCGGAGGAAGUGAAAUCCGUGUCCCUUGGGACAUCAAAGAUGAAGAACAUGAAAUCAAAAUGCGUUUCGACAUGCCUGGUCUUUCCAAGGAAGAUGUCAAAGUAUCAGUUGAGGACGAUAUUCUUGUCAUAAAAAGUGAUUAUCAUAAGGAGGAAAGUGGUGAAGAGGAUUCUUGGUCAAGAAAAAACUAUAGUUCUUAUAAUACUCGUCUCAAGCUUCCUGAUAACUGUGAGAAGGAUAAGGUUAAGGCAGAGUUGAAAAAUGGUGUGCUUUAUAUCAAUGUUCCUAAGACCAAAGUUGAACGUAAGGUUAUUGAUGUUCAAAUUCAGUGACAUGUUAAGGCUUUUUAUAGUGUCAUCUUGAGCUAUAAAGUGUAGAAUGAAUAAGAUACUUUAAUUAUGUUAUAUAAAUGUCUCCAAAUUUCUACUUCCU